UUCACGUUGUGAUUUUUAAUAUGGAUCCUUACUAGAGAUUGUUUUCUCAAGAAACUGUUAAUUGUUUUUAUUAUAUAUUGAAAAAAACUUUUGUCGCUUAGAAGGUUUAACCGAAGAGCGUUAACAAUGGAUAUUUCUAGUCCGUCGUUUAAUUUAAAUUUAGGAACACCGCUAUCGGUUGAUCCUAUAGAGGAACAGCACAUGCAACAACUUCAGAGACAAAUCCAACAGUCUCCCCUUUCUGCCCAAGUACAAGAUCAACAACAGUCAAAUGAUCAACAGCAAAGAACUGCAGUUAGUGUUAUUCAACCUUUCACAAGUAGCACUGGACUCACGCCUCAACCACUGAUUCAGCCUCAGACACCACAAAAUGCAGCCAUAUCAACAGUUUCUACAGUUCCAUCUGUUACUGCAGCAACAGCAGCAGCGUCAUCGUCAUUGUUUCCACCGACUCCAGGACCUCCUAUGACACCAAUGACUCCCAUAACUCCAUCUUCAGCAGAUCCUGGUAUAGUUCCACAACUUCAAAAUAUUGUAUCAACUGUGAAUCUCGGUUGUAAACUUGAUUUGAAAAAGAUUGCUCUUCAUGCUAGAAAUGCAGAAUAUAAUCCAAAACGGUUUGCUGCAGUUAUUAUGAGAAUAAGAGAACCUCGAACUACAGCACUCAUAUUUAGUUCAGGAAAAAUGGUGUGCACUGGUGCCAAAAGUGAAGAACAGUCAAGACUGGCUGCAAGAAAGUAUGCAAGAAUUGUUCAGAAAUUAGGAUUUGAUGCCAAGUUUUUAGAUUUUAAAAUACAGAAUAUGGUAGGAAGCUGUGAUGUUAAGUUUCCAAUUAGACUGGAAGGACUUGUUUUAACUCAUAGCCAGUUUAGCAGUUACGAACCUGAGUUGUUUCCUGGACUUAUUUAUCGUAUGGUGAAACCUAGAAUUGUUCUUUUAAUUUUUGUUUCAGGAAAAGUAGUUUUAACAGGAGCUAAAGUACGUUCCGAAAUUUAUGAAGCUUUUGAUAAUAUUUAUCCAAUUCUUAAAGGAUUCAAGAAACAAUAAUUGUUCACAAUUGUUUUUAAUUUUCAAAUAUUUUAGGCUUGUAAAUAUUUAAUGACUUACAUAAAUCUCAUCUGUAUCAGAAUGUAAGAUAAUUGUUCAUUUGAUACACACAUUAACAUUAUUUCUCUAAUUUUUUGAAAUGAAAAACAUCAAUUCAUAAUAUCAAAUUUUUAUUUACUGAUUGAAUGAAGGUUGUCACUCUUAUCAUGAAUUUGUUUUCAGUUAAAUGUUUUAAAUGUAUGUGUUUUAUUUAUAAAGUAAAUUGGAGAAAUAAAAGUCUUUAUUUACACAUAUAUAAAUUUGAAAAUUUAUGUAUAUGUAAAUAACUUUAUA